AUGGCGCCCCUGGACGAGAUGGCAGAGACGAAGCUAAAGGAGAGAGAGAGAGGGGAAACGGGAAAAAGGGAGAAAGGGGAGAAGGGAGAAGUUGGAAGAAUAGGAGAAAACGGUCAAGUGGGGCCACAAGGUAUUGUCGGUCCUAAAGGAAAUUCCGGGAAAGUGGGAGCACGUGGAGCAAUGGGGCCAAGAGGAAUGAAAGGAGUCGGUGGAUCUAAAGGAUCCAAAGGAGACCAAGGAGUUGAAGUCCAAGAGAACUGGAAACAAUGCGUGUGGGAUAGAAGGGACGACAAAGACAGUGGAGUUAUUCAGGAAUGUCUGUUUACCAAGAGAUUGGGAAAUUCCGCGUUACGUGUAGCGUACGCCGGGAACUUACGAGUAUACUGCAACACGCAUCAAGCAUGUUGUUCCCGCUGGUAUUUUACAUUCAAUGGAGGUGAAUGUUCUGGUCCCAUGACCAUCGAGGGUCUUGUAUACUCUAACAGGCAGGGAGACAAUGUUCAUCGUCACAGACAGAUUGAGGGUUAUUGUGAGAACAUACCAGCAGGUCAACUCAAAGUUGCAUUUUACGUUGGAAAGUGCGCUAGAUACAGCAGUACAACAUACGACGCUGUAACCGGAUGGGAUUCUACAUCUCGCAUAAUGAUUGAGGAGACUCCGCCUGCACAGCAAUAG